AUGUCUGCCGCACCUGUUCAGGACUUUGAGUUUGAUGAUGAGUUUGAUCCUGAGCAUGAGGUUGACUUCGUUCCUGAUGAUCAGCUUUUUGAUGUACCCGCUGAUCUCGAGCCGAUACCCGCUGAUCUUGAGCUAGCUCCAGCCGACCCCGAGCCUAUGCCUGCACCCGAGCCUAUACAUGCUCACGAUCCUCUGCCUGAGCAUGACCGUGUACCUGUUGACAUACAAGUUGUUGCACCACCUUUACCUGAUCCGAUCCCUGCACCUGUUGACCAUGCUCCUUUUGCUGCCCAGAUAGAUCCCCGUUAUGCAUUCACCCGCAAUGGGUGGAUAGAGGACGAUGAUGACUUGCGUCCUUUUGUUAGGCCUGUUACUCCCCCACCUGCACCCACCCACGCACCUAUUGAUAUCGCCCCAUUUCAUUCACAUGUGUCUGACACACACCACACAGAUUUGUCAAUCACAUUCUUACAGGAUAUCCUUCUACCCCGUCCAGGGGAAGGACCGUCGAGCCAGCCGUCCGGCCAUGCUCCACCUGUGUCAGCAGCUUUUCCCUUUGUGCAACAGUUUAGUCAUACUGCUCCUUUUGCUUCUGCACCAUCGGGCGAGCCACUGAUUUGGUUUCCGCCCAACACGAUGCCUGUUUCUGAUCCAUACCAUCCUUCACAUUACACUAGUUACACGAGGGAUGAUCUGCUUUUGUCGUUACAGCUCUAG